AUGCAUCUGAUGGCUCAUGUGAAUGCCGAAAUUUUGUUUGCCAAUACCGCCAUUGUGCAUCACGAUGUGAUUGUCAUCCCUUCCUCAGACUCAAGUUCACAAACCGCUGGCCAGAAUCCAUCCAUCGUAUCCCGCUGGCGUCGGGACAGACGUCGCCAUGACGUGCGGCUGCAGUCGACAUGA